GUGCGUGCCUCAGUGAUGGAUGGGGAGUCGGAACCAAACCCCGCUGUUGCGGAGGAGGCAGGGGAGCCAGGAGAGCACAUGGAUUCCACCCCUUCCCCUCACCAGCAAGCCACGCCUCCCAUUGUGGUGGCUUCAGAGUCAGUUUCCACGGCAACAGAUGACCAGGCUCCAAAGGAGGGCUGCGCCAACGAUGAUGACGAAGUGGUCCUGGUGGUGGGCAAGGCGCCCGAGCCACCGGCGUCCCCGUCUUCCCAAGAAACGCCGGAGGGCCCGGAACCCCCCGACACCACGGCAGACACGUCUGCAGUAGCGACGCCCGACGCCGCCGAGUCCUCCAACCCCGCCGCGACGGAGCCCAUCGUCAUCGAUGACGAGGAGUCGUCUGAGGAGAAGCCAGCCCCUUCCCCCUCGCUGGCGCCCCCUGGUGGCUCUUCGCCCGCCUCCCCCGGCAGCACAGAAGCGGAUUCGGGCAUCCGGAUCGCCAAUGUGGCGACGCUGGACCAGAAGGACGCCGUCCAAGAAGAAGCAGGUGCAGACGCCCAGGUGGACCUGAUGAUCACCUCAGUGACAUCACUGCAGCCAGGACCAGAGGCAGAUGAAGGCCAGGUGGAAGAGAACGGUCUACAGAUCUGCAAUGCAUUCAGCCUGAACACUGACGACGUGUCGGGAAAACCAAGUGCUUCCUUCAACCCUGGGCGGGGUUCCACGGUGCAGAACGGGGACGCGGGAACCCACAGCAGAACAGACUCGUGGAUUUCCCAGUCGGCGUCUGUCCCUCGCAACCAAAAGCAGACCGGCGUGGACUCCACGUCGCCUGCCACCUCCCUGGCCAAACCUCCAGGACAGUCUUCCUCCUCCUCACCAGGUUCCCAGCCACAACCCAGGACGGUGAAGGUGACUUGUGCAAACUGCAAGAAGCCUCUUAAAAAGGGCCAGACUGCGUACCAGCGCAAAGGCUCCACGCACCUGUUCUGUUCCACCACCUGUCUCUCCGCCUUCUCACACAAACCCGCCCCCAAGAAAAGCUGCACCAUGUGCAAAAAGGACAUCACCACCAUGAAGGGUACCAUCGUGGCCCAGGUGGACGCCAGCGAGUCCUUCCAGGAGUUCUGCAGCACAGGCUGCCUGGGCGCGUACGAGAACAAGCAGAAUGUGCCCAAGUCCAUCCACAAAACCAAAUGCACUGUCUGCGGCAAGCUCACAGAGAUCCGCCACGAGGUCAGCUUCAAGACGGUGACCCACAAGAUCUGCAGCGACAUGUGCUUCAACGUGUACCGCCGCGCCAACGGCCUGAUCAUGAACUGCUGCGAGCAGUGCGGCGACUACCUGCCCAACAGAGCCUCCGCCAACCACUUCCUGCUGGUGGACGGCCAACAGAAGCGCUUCUGCUGCCAGAACUGCAUCAGGGACUUCAAGCAGGCUAACAGCAAGCUGGCCAGCUGCCUGACCUGUAAAACGCUGAUCAAGACGGGAGAGGUGGUGCUGGGCCUGGGAGCGGACGGCGCCAUGGGCUCCUACUGCUCCGCCAACUGCAUGAACAAGGCCAAGCUGUCGGCCGUCACCUUCCACAACGCUGAGCCCACCUGUCACUUCUGCAAGAGGACUUCUCUGCCUCAGUACCAAGCCACUCUGGCCGAGGGAAACGUGCUCAACUUCUGCAGCUCGCAGUGCGUCACCAAAUUCCAGAACACCACCCUCCAGACGGCCACCAACGGACAGACGGCGCUCUCCGACGCCGUGCAGCUGAAGUGCAACUACUGUCGUGGAGCCUUCAGCAUGAAGCCCCAGACUCUGGAGUGGGAGGACAAAGUCUACCACUUCUGCAGCAAGGUGUGCUGCGACGACUACAAGAAGCUGCACUGCAUCGUGACGGUCUGCGAGUACUGCCAGGAGGAGAAGACUCUGCACGAGACGCUCAAGUUCUCAGGCGAGAAGAAGCCUUUCUGCAGCGAAGGCUGCAAGCUGCUGUACAAGCAGGACUUCAUCAGGCGCCUGGGCCUCAAGUGUGUCAGCUGCAACAACUGCAACCAGAUGUGCAAGCGGGCCGUGACGCGCCAGCUGGGCGGCAUGACGCGCGACUUCUGCGGCGAGGAGUGCGGCAAGAAGUUCGACGACUGGUACCACAAGGCGGCGCGGUGCGACUGCUGCAAGGUGCAAGGGCAGCUGACGGAGUCGGUGAUGUGGAGGUCUGAGUUGAAGCACUUCUGCGACCAGCAGUGUCUUUUGAGGUUCUACUGCCAGCAGAAUGAGCCCAUCAUGGCCACACAGAAAGGCCCGGAGAACAGCCUCACAGGAACUGAAUCACAAGCUUCCAAACUUGGGCUGGUGGGCCAGGGCACGUACGUGGGUGGCGGCCUGAUGCGGGACGUGAAGAACAAGGCGGUGCUGUGCAAGCCUCUCACCCUGACCAAGGCCACCUACUGCAAGCCGCACAUGCAAAGCAAGCCGAUCCAGACAGAUGUGGACGAUGGCGUGAAGAGAGAGUAUAUCCCCGUCCCCAUACCUGUGCCCGUCUUCGUCCCCAUGCCCAUGAACAUGUACUCCCAGGUCACGCCCGUGCCCCUCUCCAUGCCCUUGCCGCUUCCCGUGCCCGUCUUCCUGCCCACCACCCUGCAGGGGGCGGACCAGAUCGUCCAGGCCAUCCAGGAGCUAAAAGGCAGCAUGGUGGCCCACAUGAACGCGGAGGAGCAGAAAGCGGAUGUGCGGCCGCUGGAGGUGAAAAGUGAGCGUGAAGGUGAAGAGACCACCAGCCAGACGCCGAAGAAGGUGGAGGAGGAGGAGGACAAAUAUGAACCUGACAUGGACCUGGAGGCAGACUUCUCUCAAGCCAUCGACGCACUUCCUGUCCCAGAGGCAGUGGACGAGGACGCGAGCUUAGCUUCACUGCCAGCUGCGGCGGAAGAAAGCGAGCACGCGGACAAGUCCACGCCCCGACCUCAGCCAAAGACACGAGGCAGCAAGAGGCUGGCUGUGGAGCAGGGCUCUGAUCAAGCCCCGCCCUCCCCACCUCAUCGCUCGCUGCCUCUCAGAGCUCGCUACGGCAUCAACGCCUGGAAACGCUGGGCUUUAUCUGCUCCUGACCAGUCGGACGGCGACACACACGAUGCCUCCGAAGCGACCCGUUUCGCCGCCAACCUAUCGUUGCUGAGUUCAGAGGACCUAAACGUGGCGCUGUCCCGCUUCGUCAGGGAGGUGUGCCGGCCCAGCGGGGAGCGCUAUUCCCCCGACAGCAUCCUCUACCUCUGCCUGGGCAUCCAGCAGCACCUUCACACCAAAGGCCGAAAGGAUGACCUCUUCUAUGACGCUUGUUACCAGCAGUUUGGUCAGGAGCUCAACAAGGUCCUGAAGGACUGGAAGCCCAGCGUGCUUCCUGAUGGCUCGCUGUGGGGUCGCGUGGAGGAGCAGAGUCUGUGGAGCAGCCGUCAGCUCGGGGACCAGACCCCCGCCGGCCUGCUGCGCUCUCUGGUCUACCUGAACACCAAAUAUAUGGGCCUGCGCACCGCCGAGCAGCACAUGCGCCUGUCCUUCGCCAAUGUCUACGGCCCGGACACGCUCCAUCCUGUCACCAUGGCGACUGGCGUCUGCAUCCGCGUGCCUUCCGUCUCUCAGGAUCACAACGUCAAAAAGGAGUGCCGUAAGAGGAAGCUGGAAGAUGGGGACUGUGAAGCAGGUGGCGACACAGGACCAUGUGUCCCCGUCAAGAAGCAUGAGCGCCACCUCUACGACCUGUACAGGUCUAAGUGCCCGCCGUCGCUGCGGGAGCGCUCGGACCUCCUCUACGUCCAGCCCGAUCCCACCUGCGACCCCGACGGGCCGCUGUGGUUCACCUGCACGCCUCUGGAGCGCCACAUGCUGGAGGGCCUCCUCGCCCGAGUCCUCCUGGUCCGGGACAUAUACGCCGAGGCGGAGGCGGCGCAGGAAGACGGCGCCGUGGGGGAGUAGCGGCGAGUCUUCUCUGGACAGGUAGAUUGUUAGUAGAGCCACAGGAGGGCGAUAGUGAGUAGCGUGCGUGCUCUUCCAACCUUUUUGUUUUGUAAUCAUUCCUGCUGCGGGGGAAUGAGCCGCUGUGAACGCGGGCAGGAAGAGAAGCCACGGGGAUUCCUCCUGGGAAAGGGUUGUCUUCAGUUAUAGAGAGGGGAAAAAAAGAUUUGAGAGACGACACUUAGGGUGUGUUUCAGCUCGCUCCGCUCCAAAAAGGUGACCACAGGUGAGGUCGUUAGCACUAGCCAAGUUGGGAGCAGACAAUCAGGGCAACUUUGGCGCGUCCUCUCUGUCUUUUUUUUUUUUUUUUUUACCCAUUGUGGUCCCGGAACGCCAUCUUAGAUCUCCCUUAAAAGAACAGGAAACAAGGUAGGAAAUAGUGCAAGCGGCCACUAGAGGGCGUGGGAUCACUACACAUAACAUGGUGGCUUUGAACAGGGCUCGUCACAUAAGGGACAAAACAUUCUAUUUAUUUCUACUCCCGUUUCUCUACUUUAUGGCUUUUUUUUUUUUGUACUCACGGCCUACAUGUACACGUGCACAACGAGCUGCUCCUCUUUUUUGCUUGAAGUUGUUCUCAAAGUGAAGUUUGCUUGGAUGGUUAAGUCGUUGGUUAUCGGAAACAAGUUCCUCCUAAAAACUCAACUCAGGUUUGCUUUGAAAAGAUGGAGCUCCAGUCGGUAAACCUUCCAGGCUUCGCUUGCUUGAAAGGAGCCGGGUGGCCACGAAGGAGUCCUCCUGCUCGUGGGUCCACUCGGACCUCUUACAGGGACACUGGUCGGGUCGCUUCCUCAGUACCGGACUCAAAUCAGAACCUUUAAUAAGCGAGGCGACGCCGCAGCAGAGGGUGGCGGUGGCGGUGUCGCCGGGCUCUUUCUCGGGUCGGCGCCGUGCGAAUGUGCCUCAGUGUAAAUAGUGAACGUCUGACACGUCUGGUGUGUGUGUGGGCUCCUGCUGGUGCGCUCGUGUUCAAUAAAUGACUUCUGUUUUCUA